CCGCCUGUUGCCUGGAGACGGACGCCGCCGCGCGCGCCGCGAGUCCGGUGGGAGAGCCCCGGCACCGGCACCGGGGCCGUGCAGAGACCCCCGGCAUCGGGAUCGGCACCGGGGCCGUGCAGAGACCCCCGGCAUCGGGAUCGGCACCGGGGCCGUGCAGAGACCCCCGGCAUCGGCACCGGCACCGGCACCGGGGCAGUGCAGAGACCCCCGGCACCGGGGCAGUGCAGAGACUCCCGGGAUUGGGAUCGAGACCGGGACCAGCACCGCUGAGAGAGCCCCUGCACCGGGACAGCCGAGACCCCCUCCCCACGACCAGGACUGGGAGCACCGAGAGACCCUCCGGCUCCGGACCGACCCCCCGCGCCAUGGCGGGCGGCAGAGCGGGGUCCCGGCGGCGGCCGAUGACCUUGGCCGAGGCGGGCCCGGGCACGGAGAACGAGAGGCUGGGCUUGGUCCGGCUGAGCAUGCUGCGCAACCCGCUCAUCCUCAAGCCAGAACUGGGGAAGCCCAUGAGAAACUGCUACUCCCUGCCAGGCCUUAAUUUUACCUAUGGGAUGUACAUGCACAAGAGGGAUGGAGGAGUUGCUGAAGCCAUAGGCCACUGGGAUUCAGUGAAGGCCAAGCCUCAAAAAAGGGUCAUGCCCCGAGAUUUCGUGACCAUGGGCCGUAGGGCUGUGGAUGAAGGCUGCACCAAAGCCCGAGAGUUUGCUCUGUACUACAACUACAUGGACAUCCGCUGCAAAGACAAGGAUAUCGUGACAAGACAUGGUGACAAGAUCCCUCCAGACAUCACUUUUGGCAGGCCAUCACGGCCUCCCACUCCCAUUUUUGACAUCCUGCAACACAGAUACAAGGAGCUGUGGAUGGAGAACCAGAGAGCCCAGACUGUAGUCCAGCACAGUCCAGUGAAGAAAAAGCUGCCUGCUGGCGAGGUCCGUGAGAACCGCACGUCGUUCCUGCGCACGCACCCGCUGCCGGUGAAGGAGGAAUCCUUCUGGCACCCACAGCGCUUCCAGAAGGCUGAGCCUCAUCUCAGGACUUUUCCAGACCCUGUCUCCCGUAAAAAGGCUCUCAGUGCCUCCCAUUGAGAAGUGCCUGCUAGAGGUCCCCUUCCCCAGAGGGCCCCCACUGCCAGGACUGUGCUGGGCACAGCCCUUGGACCCCAGGAUUCCACAGGCAAAAGGCUCUCUCAGGUUUUACAGAGUUAUGCAAAUACAGAAACAGCCAAAUAAAUCCUAAAUAUGAGAGGAACU